GACAGACGCAGACCAUGACGCAGCUGUCGUGCCUUCCGUGCACACUGGGUGUCGCUGUUGGAUAGAGCGUUUGCAUGAUUCUGCAAGGCUGACCUUCACUUCCCCUCCCCCUCUCUCUCUUUGCCAAGUGUGCACAGGUUUGCAGCAUCAUACAUGCUGAGGCUGAAACAUGCAUGUUUGAGGGAGGCUGUCUUCUGAUCCAACUCCACCGCACCUCCACUGAUGCCAUUUUUCCAUCUUUUUGGAUUCAGGUGUUGCUGCUGGGGGGGUUGUGGCUCCAUCUUCAGCAUCUCUCCAUCAUCUGCCUCUCCAGCAUCCUUCUCCUCUGGCGUUUAUUUUUCUCAGUCAUCUUGGCUCGCCGCCUUUUUAAAUGAAAGUGGUGGGAUUUACCAUCCGAUCGUAGCCUCCAUCCUACAUUUUUAAGCAGAAUUAGGCAGCAGCUAGUCACAUUCUGGGCAACUUCACCCUCCCUUAUUCCUUCUGCUCUGGUGGGCUUGUCGGCGCAGAUUCCCUCUUCCCUCCCACUUCAGCAUCAUCCACUAUCCAAAGUAUUGUUGGGAAUACAGCAGGCAAGCUGUCUCUACUUCCAAAGAAAGGGUGUUUAGGCUGGGGGGCUGGUCUUCCGCUGUCCCUCUGGAGGAUGAUCUUUUGGAUGAAGACAGAGGAGAUGGCCCUCGGGGAGCUGCUGGAGAGGCUGAGAUCUGUCACACAGUGCAUAGAUGAGAUCAUGCAGCUGGACAGCAGUCCACUCCGAGCAGCAGACAUCACCACCGACCUCAAAAAACAGUUUGCUUUCCUUUCAGGGGGUAGAGGGGAUAAUGGCAGCCCGGUCAUCGUGUUCCCAGAAUUCCCAGCGUUCAGUGAGAUCACGGACAGAGAGUUUCACAAUGUCCUAUCCUAUCUAACAAGUGUGCCAAGCCUGUCAUCAACAGACGUGGGUUUCAUCCUGGUCAUCGAUCGCCGGCAGGACAGAUGGGCAGCUGUGAAGGGGACGCUCCUCCGUAUUGCUGGUUCUUUCCCCGGGAACCUCCAGCUGGUUCUGGUUCUGAGGCCCACCACCCUGCUGCAGCGGACUCUGUCAGACAUUCUCUUCAAAUUCAACAAGGAUGACUUCAAAAUGAAAGUGCCGGUGAUCAUGCUGAGCUCUUUGACUGAGCUGCACUCGUACAUCGACCGCUCUCAGCUGACGCAGGAGCUGGGAGGGACGCAGGAGUACUGCCAUGAGAAGUGGAUCUCACAUCGCACUGCUAUUGAAGGUUUUGCUCUGAUGGUUAAGAGAACAGCACAGGCGCUACAGUCAUUUGGAACCGAACUGGCAGAGACCGAACUCCCCAAUGAGAUUCAGGCCACAACCAUCCUGCUCAGCACACACACCAACAAGAGGGACAAAAUGAAGGAGGACCUGCUGGUGGCUCUGGGUCAGGGGAGCAGACUUCUCGAGAGCAUCAAUGAACCCAUAAUGCACAACCCUGACCACAACAUGAACCAGGACGAACUGGAAAACCUGGCCACAGUGCAGAGACUGCUGUCUCAGCUGGAUGAGACGGAGAGGGCUUUUGACGAGUUCUGGCUAAGGCAUCAGACCAAACUGCAGCAGUGCCUUCAACUGCGCCACUUUGAGCACAACUACAGAGAGGUGAGGGCUCUGCUGGAUCAAACGUCAGAGAAACUCACCAGCUUCUCUGAGGUUGGCAUCAGUCCGGCCCACGCUGACCACAUCUUCACGGAGCUCACCACCUUUGAGGAGAGAGUCUGUGAGGUUCUGGACAAAGCCUUGGCCUUGUCUCGCGAGGGUGAUGAACUAAUCCAGAACUCCCACUACGAUGAAGACUCAAUCCAGCCCAAAUGCUGCGAGCUCAGAGCUCUCAGUGAGAGUACGAGCAGCAGCCUGAGGGCCAAGAAGGACCACCUCCUCAAAGCCAUUGAGCUGCACCACCGCUUGGACAGGACGUCUAAAUGGGUUGAUGAUGGGAUCUAUCUGCUGGCAUCCCAGCCAGUAGACAAGUGCCAGUCCCAUGAGGGGGCGGAGGUGGCUCUGCAGGAGCUGGAGCGCUACCUGGAUAAUGCUGGCUGCAGCCAACUGACUGACCUCAGCAGCAUCUGGACAGAGUAUGAGGGGGUGUUGAACCAUCAGCUCAGGGAACAAGUGGAGAAGGUUUACCAGAAGCAGACGUCCAUGCAGGAGAUGUUUGACAAGAGGACGGUCAGUCUCAAGAAGCUGGCAGCCAAACAAUUGAGGCCCGUGCAGCCGGUCGCCCCGAGACCCGAGGCCUUCAUCAAAUCACCUCUCAACUCCCCUGCUCACAGAGUACAGCAGGAGAUAAACAGCUCGGACUCAGACAACAGCUGUGGAAAAGGACAGCAGCAGAAUGAAGACGGCAACAGCAGACAUGCAUCUCUGUCAGAAGAGGAGGAGAACCUGGCAGUGCUCAGGCGACAUGUUAUGAACGAACUGCUUGAAACUGAGAGAGUCUACGUGGAGGAGCUGCUCUGUGUGCUGCAGGGAUAUGCCUCAGAGAUGGAUAAUCCUGGGAUGUCUCACCUCAUCCCCCCGUCUCUGAAUAACAAAAAGGAGGUUCUGUUUGGAAACAUGCCAGAAAUUUACCACUUCCACAAAAGGACUUUCCUGAGAGAGUUGGAACAGUACACAGACUGCCCGGAGCUGGUUGGAAGGUGUUUCCUACAGAGGAUGACGGACCUGCAGAUCUAUGAAAAGUACUGUCACAACAAGCCUCGCUCUGAGAGCCUGUGGAGGCAGUGCUCAGACUGCGCCUUCUUUCAUGAGUGUCAGAAAAAGCUGGAGCAUAAAUUGGGGUUAGAUUCAUAUCUGCUGAAGCCUGUUCAAAGGAUUACCAAAUACCAAUUGCUGCUGAAGGAAAUGCUGAAGUACAGCAGGGGCCGUGAGGGGGCUGACGACCUGCAGGAGGCGCUGACCUCGAUUGUAGGCAUUCUGAAAGCAGUCAAUGAUUCCAUGCACCUUAUUGCUAUUACAGGAUAUGAGGGUAAUCUGAGUGAGCUGGGUAAGCUGCUGAUGCAGGGGUCAUUCAGCGUGUGGACCGAACACAAAAAAGGUCAUGCCAAGGUUAAGGAUUUGGCGCGAUUCAAGCCCAUGCAGAGACACAUCUUCCUCCAUGAGAAGGCCUUGCUCUUCUGCAAGAAGAGGGAGGAGAACGGGGAGGGCUAUGAAAAAGCUCCCUCCUACAGCUUCAAGCAGUCUCUGAGUAUGAGUGCAGUGGGUAUCACUGAAAAUGCGAAAGGAGACAACAAAAAGUUUGAGAUCUGGUGCAACUCCAGAGAAGAGGUCUAUAUUGUUCAGGCACCAACAGCUGACAUGAAGACCACAUGGGUAAAUGAGAUCAGGAAGGUUCUGACAACCCAGUUGGAGGCAUGUAGAGAAGCCAGCCAGCAGAGGGCGCCAGACCCGGUCAUCCAGGCACCUCCUGUGCACAGCGUGACUGUGUGUCUAAGUCCAUUUAAGACAAGCCAGAAGACCUUAAAGAAGGGAGAGGAGAAAAAAGCGGAGCUCCCAGGCCUUGAUGCCAGCUCCUCUUCUUCACCAAAGCUUUCAGGAACAGACGGGGCUGUGACAAGCCCGACCUCAGACAGAGCUGCUGUGGCUAAAAAGCGCUUUACCUUACAGGGCUUCAGUAACCUCAAAGCUCAGAAAGAGCCCUCAGCUUCUAAUGACAGAAGUUUUACACUUCCCAUGACCAUCUUCUCAUCAGCAGGAUCUCCCACCAGCCCAGAUCACAAGUCCAAACGCCAGAGCGACCCCACGCCGUUCGGCUACAAAGGCUGGAACAAGCCAACUCUGUCGCUGGACGCCUCAGGGGAGAACGACGGCUACUCCAGCGCUGAGGAACCUCUCAAUUCUGACCCCGAGGAUGAAAACACAAAGAAGCUGUGCGCUGGGAAAUACACUGUGCUGGUCGACUACGAGAAAGGAGGAGCGGAAGAGCUUUCAGUCAGGAGUGGAGACUCGGUGGAGCUGGUCAAAGAGGGGGACGAUGGACAAUGGUUUGUCCGUAACUUGAACUCCUCCUCCGAGGGCUGGAUCGCUGCUGCUAAUCUGCUCACUCUCAUUGAGAAAUCAAAGUCCUGUCAGUCCCUCACCAGCUCAGAGGGCAGCGGCUCGGGGAACCUCAGCACAUCAUCCAGCUGCAGCGAGACCUACACCAACUUCUCCGACGUCAAACCUCCGGCUCUGCAGUGAAGCCGCCGUCCCCAGCGCCUGCAUCACGUUAUCUGUGUUGUAUUGCCAAUAUCAGUACUUGAAUCAAAGUUUGCACAGAUUAUCUACAAAUUUCCUUUAUAUUUCCUGAUCACACGCUCAUUUAGGAGUUGAAACGCCAUGAAGCGAAUGAAUCGAUUCCACACCGCGACAGUAUAGUGCAGUGAUCGUCCUCCAUUUGCAAACCUGUCUGGUAGUUUCACUGAUUACAUAAUAGGUGUACAUACAGAUGGGCCAGCAUAUCAUUUUCUAGAUUGUAUUUAUUUCCGGUUCUGAGGAUUUUUAUGUCCAUAUUUCAGCUGGGUUUGUUAGUCAGAAUUAUGUGCAGCUUGUUUAUGGAAUGUUUUAUGUUUCCCUAAAUGUUAUUUAUUUGUUAAAUCAUUCAGUGUUUUUCAUUUUUCCCCCUGGUCUUCUUUUCUGUUGGUAUAUUGUCAGCCUGUUUGUAGAAACCUGUUCUCCCACCAGGCCUUGUACUCCCAACAGAUUCCUUCCUGUGUGAUUCAUCAGAGAUCCCUGUCAACUGUGGACGCUUCAACUUCUGAAUGUAGAUAUGCUGUCAUUGUCUGUGACAUGUUUGUUACUGAAGAGGCUUUAUUGUAAAAUAUGAAUAGUGAUGUCACUUUGGUGACGUGCACAUUUUUUUUACAUAAAUAACUUGUGAUAAUUCCA